AUGGCAGAAACUCCAAAAUACCACCCUGCUUUUUCAAUCACCAAUGUGAAAUCCCUUAUUCCAAUCACCUUGGAGGCUGCUGGAAUGUAUCAUUCUUCAGCCGCACUCUUCAAGGUGCUUUGUAGAGUUCACGACCUUACAAAUCACAUCAUUCCUCCUACGGAGGCGACAGAACUCGCUGCGUAUGAGAAAUUGAAGAUGUCCGACUUGGCCUACUGGAAACACCUUGAUGCCGCGGUCCUUAAUUGGAUUUAUGGCUCCAUUUUUCACGACCUUCUCACGGUUAUUCCUAGGGCUAUUCUUCUCAAGGAUGACACCGCUCAUGAUGCCUGGGCUCGUCUCGAAUCAAUUUUCCAAGACAACAAAGCAGCCCGAGCCUCUCAUCUCGAACAAGAACUUCUUGACCUUGAUUUCGAGAAUUUUACCUCCAUUGACGACUGUUGCAAUCACAUGAAAUCACUUGCCGAUCAUCUUGCGGAUGUUGAUGCUCCGAUUCCCAAUACUCGUCUAUUUCUAAAGAUGACAGCCGGCCUUCCCGAAGCCUAUGCCGGAACGGUUGAUUUCAUUCAAAAUCAAGAACCUCUCCCUACCUUUGAGAGUUGUUAA